AUGGCCGAUGAAGAGAAAAUCCCCCCAACUUUUCUCGAGAAACUCCUGUUCUACACAACAGCCAGCUUCGUAUUACUCGCUACGUUCAGCCUGUUUGCCUUCUUGUUCUUAGUACCGUUCGUCAUAGAGCCCGCUUUCACCACCAUAUUUAUGCAGUUCGAUCCAGUGGCAGCAUUAUGCGUGACUGCGUCCGUGAAACACUUGGUCGGAGUCAGCAACUGUUCUUGGGCCUCUUGCAGAGAAGGCUGCACCAAAGAUCUUUUUGAAUGCACCCAAAUAAGAGUUAACUACAAACUAGGAUACGACGCUAACAUAACAGCCACCGAAUAUGAGACCCUGAUUAGGGUAGAGCGGGCUUUGAGGAAAGAUUACGAAUACGAGAACUACGAAACGGCAGCUGAGAAGAACUACCCAGACAUGCCUGAAGAACAGGAGUUGCCAGACGUACCGCCCACAGGGUUGCAGGGGAACGAUUCCGAAUGGUACUUCACUGGUGCGCGUCUCUUCCCGAACGUGAAGGGUUGCGGUUAUCCGCCCAUUUUGAAUUGCACCAUAUUCUAUGGGAAGUACAGGCCUAUAGGUACCAACUAUUCUUGUUACUACAGCCGCGUAGAUCCAGGAUUGGUCAUCACUGAGCUGGACAUGUGGCAGAAUACGCUGAAUUUGGUUUAUGCCAUGGCGAUACCGAUACCAUCGUUCUUCAUAUCGGUGAUAUACUUAACGUUCGCGUACUUUAAGAUCUACAAUACUGAGGAGGAAUCUGAGCAGGAACCUUUGAAGAAUGAUGCAGAGGCGAUGGCGACUGGUGAUGAUGAGAAGCCGACGACACCAGGUUCCGAUACGUUCAGGGAGGAUUUAGCUGUAUGCUUCGGUCACCAACUCAAAAUGCAGUUAGCUAAUGAGAAGCCGAAAGAAGGUUUCGAGUCCAAUAGUCCAGCUAUUUCCAAUUCAGCAUCUCUGUCUGGGACCAAGUCAUCAUUCGUGAACGCCUAA